CAUACUGUUUUCAGCGGUCCAAUACGGUUGGGGUGUGAGUCUUUCACUGCGAAUCUUAUGACAAUUUUAACCUCGAAAAUAGAGUGAUUGCCACAAGAGAACACAGUGUCUGAACGUUUGGAAGGGCAAACAAAGUCGUCCGUCGAGCAGCAAGACAGUUUUAUUUUAUUGUUUGUUUGUUUUGGUUUUUUUUUUACUACCAAAGGCUACUGCAUUUUUACACCCGAGACGAGGCGGAGUGAUUCAACUAACUUUUGAAGACAUUGGAAAAGGCGCUGUUCGGCUCUGACGUCCUCCCCCCCCCCCCCCCUCUUUUUAAUUUUUAAAAACAUAUAUCAUUUUUAUAUUGUGUGCCCGUUUUUGUCUUUUGGUCUGUGCCCUUAUUUAGAUGGCAAGCUUCCCAGACUGUGUAAAUGAAAAUGAUUUAGGUAAGGCUAAGUUCAUCGGUGAACUCCUUGUACCUGCUGCACCCUUCGACCAAAAGUCUGGCCGCGAGGCUUGGACAGUCGCCUUCUCUCCCAAUGGUUCGUACCUUGCUUGGUCUCAGGGGCAUCGCAUUGUCCGGCUCAUUCCAUGGACAAAAUGUCUGAAGAGUUUUUCAGUGGGCCAUGGUGAUGAGGACACUAAUGCAUUAAGCCCCCAGUAUCUGUCCAGUCAGAACAGUGAUGUAGGCCAGGUGAUACCAGUGACGGGUGAACCCCGCGAACACACAAUAGACUGUGGAGACAUCGUCUGGAGCUUAGCCUUUGGCUCAUCUGUACCAGAAAAACAGAGCCGCUGUGUCAACGUUGGAUGGCACCGCUUUCGGUUCGGUCAGGACCAGCUCCUCCUGGCUACAGGCCUUAACAACAGUCGCAUCAAGAUCUGGGAUGUUUACACUGGAAAACUGUUGCUGAAUUUGAUGGAUCAUACUGAUGUAGUGCGAGACUUGACUUUUGCUCCUGAUGGCAGCCUAAUGUUGGUUUCUGCAUCAAGAGAUAAGACCCUUCGUAUAUGGGACCUCAAAGAUGAUGGUAACAUGGUGAAGGUUUUACGUGGACAUCAGAACUGGGUGUAUUGCAGUGCCUUCUCUCCUGAUUCCUCCAUCCUGUGCUCAGUUGGUGCAGGCAAAGCAGUGUUCCUAUGGAACAUGGAUAAGUACACAUUGAUAAGGAAGCUGGAAGGACACCACAAUGAUGUGGUUUCCUGUGAGUUCUCACCAGAUGGGGCGCUCCUGGCCACCGCCUCCUACGACACCAGGGUCAUCGUAUGGGACCACCACAAGGGCACAAUCCUCCUGGAACUGGGCCAUCUCUUCCCUCCUCCUUCACCCAUCUUUGCUGGAGGUGCGAAUGAUCGGUGGGUUCGCUCUGUGAGCUUCUGCCCUGAUGGCCGCCAUAUUGCCAGUGUUACUGAUGACAGGCUGGUUCGUUUCUGGAGCAUCGAGGAAAGGGCUCCUCAGGCCAUCGCCUCCCUGUCCAACGGCCUCUGCUGUGCCUUUUCUGCUGAAGGAAGUGUCCUUGCUGCCGGGACUCGGGAUGGUAGUGUCCACUUUUGGGAGUGUCCUCGAAGCAUUGCCAGUCUGCAGCACAUGUGUAGGAUGGCUGUCCGUCGGCUGAUAACCACCCAGCAGGUGGAGGCUCUGGCCAUUCCUACACCGCUACGAGACUACCUGACCUACAGAGCUGUUUGAAUCUAUCUGCACCAGCUCACCCAACUGCACUUGUCCCAACAGCAUGCUGCUGAAGAGCCAACCAAUCCUGUAUUUUGUUUUAGAAAAACAAAAGGAGAUAAAAGGAUUCUUGCAGUUUUGAACAAAUUAAAGCAAUCUGGAUUUUAAAGAGGAAAUUUAAACUGAAAGCUGAGUCAUGCCUGUUUAAAAUCCUCCAUUCCUCAUUUGUAAAUAUUUAUUUUUAUAAGUGUUUUUGUAAAUGACUGCUGGUCCCAGAGCUCCAUCCUUAACCUGUUAGGUCAAAGUUCAUCCCGGGUCUUCCUGCCUACAGAUCAGUUUGGUACUUUCUCCUGCUCCUUCAGCUGGACUCGUCUUUCUUCUGGCUUAGUAAAAUCAUUUAUCUCCUCUUCUAACUAGUAAUGGCUGCUGCAUUUAAUGGAGAUGCUUACUGUGAAUGUUGGGAUUUCUUUUUGUCUGCGUCAGAAAAGGGCAGGGACGUGGAGAUGCAUCACACUAUGGUUUCCCUUGCUGCAUUAUCAGUCUGCAAGGACUGACCCAAGUACACACAUGAUCAUCUCAUCGCACAACAGACUAAGAAGACAAGGAUGAGAUAAACAGCCAGGAAGCCAGUUGUAGCCCCUCUUUCCCAACCUCUUGCAGGCGGAUUACAGUUCAGCUAAUCCACAUGGUGGUUAUGUUGAGUCCCAGUCGGUCUGUGCACAAAAAUAUUGAACCCAGCGUAUGAACUACUGAUACUGAGGAUGUGAACAUAUCGACACUGUUAUGGUUUCGUAGAAAAACAUAAUCAGUCAUUUUUCUGUCCCAGUGUUUCUCAGACACAAUAUUUACACCAACAUUGCAUCCUCAAAACUAUUUUCAUGUAGGUACGUGGUAGCUUUUUUCUUGCCUCACAUAGGAACUUUGAAGCAAGUCAUUAGCCAUUUUAUUAGCAUGUUAAAGCUCCAUCAUGUGUGUCCAGCCAUACUGGUCAGUGUUCAGUAUUGUGGAAGUAUUGACUAGAAAACAUCAUAGUUUCUGUAAAUGACGGAUUCGGCCUGCAGAUGUUAGAAUUGCUUCCAGCAAGGCCAAAAAAAAAAAAAAGAAAGAAAUGGGAAAACACUGCGUCAUGGAUAUUUCAACAGCUGUUAAUUUUUUUUUUUUUUUGCUGUCCUUCUAUGUCCAACAAUGAAGUGUCUUACUACUAAACUCCAAACUUAAAUGUGGACCCCUCACUUGUAAACUACUGCUCUAGACUAUGCUUCAGGUGUUUAUCUCUGUUGACCAAUCUGCUGCCAAAUCGGCUGAAUUUUUGUUUGGGAAAGAGAAGUGGAAGUUCAGUGACACUUUUUUAAGGCAGUGUUUUAAAAUCCUGCCUUUUUUCCUGUCCUAUGUUUUUGUUGUUUCUUUUCUUUUGGGGGCGGGACUUUUCCCCCCUGCAGUUGAUGAGCGAAGGGAAAUGUGAGGAAGGAAAAGGAAACAAAGCCUGGGUCAAAUAACGUUUCCCAGGUCCUUUGUGUUUCUGUGUAGGUGUAGAGUUUGCAUUAAAUCAUCUUGGCAAUAAGUUGUGACAUAACUAAAGCCAAAGGUUUUCCUUUUCAAAUGAUUUUGUAAGUGGCUGGGUCAUUCCAGUAAGUUAUACUGAGAUGAGAGAAUGGGUAUUAAUUUGCUUUAUAACAGUUCAUUGUACAGAACCCGCGCAGUUUCUUUACAUCUUUACCCGUCACGGCUGAUAACGGUUAUGCCUCAGAGAGAUGCAGUAUAAUGCAUUGAGUAUAUCAAUUACACAUGAAUGUAUUCUGUUCCUGCAAUCUUCUUGUAAUGUAUUAUGUUUCUGGUUUCAAUAAAAACUUUUUGACAA